UCGAACAAGAGGUUUCUACACAUUGGCGUGAUUCUGAAGAGAUUUUUCCAGAUUUUCUUCCCCUUGUUACUGGGGAGAUGUCUGGUUUCGUGGGGGUUAUCGUUUCGGAUCCAUGGCUACAAAGCCAGCUCACACAAGUCGAACUUCGUAGUCUUAAUUCAAAGGCAAUUUCUGUCGUUGAAGAAUCAAAACGGUAAGAUUACGUUAGAGGAUCUUCCGCCUGUGUUGGUCAAGGUGAAGUCGCUAAGCUCUACAUUCAAGGAGAAGGAAGUCAGAGAAAUCUUGGGAGAUUUGGGCUCUGAUCAUGCAAGCGAUGAUUUUGAUUUCGAAUCGUUUCUCAGGAUAUAUCUAAUCCUGCGAGAUAAAGCUGCUGAUAAAUCUGGUGGUCUUAAGCACUCGUCUUCAUUUCUUAAAGCCAGCACGACGACUCUUCAUACCAUAAACCAGUCAGAGAAGGGUUCUUUUGUUCAUCACAUCAACAGAUAUCUUGGGGAUGACCCGUUUUUGAUGCAGUUUCUUCCUUUAGACCCUGAUUCCAAUGAUUUGUAUGAACUUGUGAAAGACGGUGUGCUUCUAUGUAAGUUUAUAAAUGUAGCAGUGCCUGGGACAAUAGAUGAGCGAGCGAUCAACACGAAAAGGGUACUUAACCCAUGGGAGAGAAAUGAGAAUCACACGCUCUGUCUCAACUCUGCAAAAGCUGUUGGCUGCAGUGUGGUUAAUAUUGGGACUCAAGACCUGGCUGAAGGACGACCUCAUCUCGUGCUUGGACUGAUCUCACAACUCAUAAAGAUUCAACUGCUCGCUGAUCUUAAUUUGAAGAAGAUGCCUCAGCUAGUUGAGUUGGUUGAGGACAGCGACGAUAUAGAAGAACUGUUGAGAUUACCUCCCGAGAAAGUCCUACUAAAAUGGCUGAAUUUCCAUCUCAAGAAAGGUGGUUAUAAGAAAACUGUUGGGAAUUUUUCUUCGGAUCUGAAGGAUGCACAAGCCUACGCUUACCUUCUAAAUGUUCUUGCACCCGAGCACUGCGAUCCAGCUACUCUAAACGCCAAGGAUGAUCUUGAAAGGGCAAACAUGGUCCUUGAACACGCAGAGAGAAUGAACUGCAAACGGUACUUGACUGCAGAAGAGAUAGUUGAGGGGUCUUCGUAUUUGAAUCUCGCAUUUGUGGCACAGAUAUUUCACGAAAGGAAUGGCCUUAGCACUGACGGGAAAUUCUCCUUUGCGGAGAUGAUGACUGAGGAUAUACAGACUUGCAGAGAUGAAAGAUGCUACCGGCUAUGGAUUAACAGCCUCGGGAUUGACAGUUAUGUCAACAAUGUGUUUGAAGAUGUUAGAAACGGAUGGAUUCUUCUUGAAGUUGUUGACAAGGUCUUUCCCGGCUCAGUUAACUGGAAGCAUGCUUCAAAACCACCGAUUAAGAUGCCUUUUAGAAAAGUGGAGAAUUGCAAUCAAGUUGUGAAGAUCGGGAAAGAGAUGAGGUUCUCGCUCGUAAAUGUAGCUGGAAAUGACAUAGUUCAAGGGAAUAAGAAGCUUAUCCUCGGCUUCUUAUGGCAGUUGAUGAGAACCCAUAUGCUCCAACUUCUCAAGAACCUAAGAUCUCGGACGCGAGGAAAAGACAUGACUGAUACAGAAAUCCUGAGCUGGGCAAACAGGAAAGUCAGAAUCAUGGGACGGAAAUCACAGAUUGAAAGCUUCAAGGACAAGAGUCUAUCAAGCGGAUUAUUCUUCCUUGAUCUUCUAUGGGCGGUUGAGCCAAGAGUUGUUAACUGGAAUCUUGUCACCAAGGGUGAAUCAGACGAUGAGAAGAGACUGAAUGCUACAUACAUCGUCAGUGUAGCAAGAAAGCUCGGUUGCUCGGUUUUCUUGUUACCCGAAGAUAUCGUGGAGGUGAAUCAAAAGAUGAUACUAAUCUUAACGGCAAGUAUAAUGUAUUGGAGCCUUCAGCAACACUCAUCAUCGUCCGAGAGUUCAAGUUCUUGUUCGGAUUCUUCAUCUACUCAUAGCACAACCACGACGUGCACGAGCACUGAUGCUUCACCAGCUCCAUCUGUCACCGGAGAAGACGAAGUCUCUUCUUUAAACGGCGAAGUCUCGAGCCUAGCCAUUGAAGAAGACAAUGACGCAGACAUUUUGUCUGAUAUCACCUCCAUCUCGGAGGAAGCAGCCAUUGAAUAGAGAGGGCGACAAGACUGAAAUAUUUUGCCGGAACAGAGUUGCUUUGUAAUAAUUUCACAUCUUCUCUGUCUGUGUGUUAAUAAUAAAAAGUUAUACUUAUCUGUUAUCAACUACUAGGUGAUUACCAGCGCAAAUGCCCGGGUUGUUUCUAUAUAAUUUUUCAAAAAAUUGUGUUUGAUAUUCAUAAUAAAUACAAACUAAAAAUAAAAAUAAAAAUCUUAAAACAGA